ACAAACAACUAACACGUUUCACACUUCUCACUGACAUAUUAAAUUAAACGCUAAUAAAAUGGAUGAGAAACUGACUGAUCCAAUGGUGUACACCAUUGACGAGAUACGCGACCAAUUCAGACGCUAUACGGAACGAUGUGCCCAAAAUAUUGUGCGCAUGGAGAAACUCUGCUUGAAUACGGAGCUGAAGGAUAUAAAUCAGUCAGCCUUUGGUGGUUCGCAAGUGGAGGCAAAUGCCAUUGAAGACUUGCCCGCGAGUAUGAAUGAUGCACCGCAAUUCGAUGUGGAUAAAUCCGCUGGGUCACAGCUGACAAAGGAGCAGCAGCAGCAACGGAAGGUAGAGUUGGAGGGCCUGCUGGUUAUCAGCUGCGGCUCCAGUGAGUGCCUCUUUGACAACUGUCGACGGCGUGUGGACAGCCAGCUGCUAUUGCUGCACUACCUCUGCGAUCACAAUGAUGAGAUUGCUGCCGCCAAUCGUUGCCACCAGUUGCGAGAGGGUCAGCGCGUUGUGCUGUCUCUGGAGCCUCGACGCUGUCAGCUAAAACAGAAUGAAGUAAUCGGACUGCUCGCCUAUGCGGGCACCCUGAUGCAGCAGCACCAGCAGCUGGUGUCGCCGGUAUCGUUGCAUCGCAACAUCUACAACAGUUUUCUGCCACAGCAACAUACACAUCUCAAGUGCGAUGUGCCCAUCGUGGUGCUCAUCUGCAAAACAUCAGCGAUUGCGGCACUUCGGGACAAGGAGCUGGCACAUCGCGUUGAACCGUAUGCGAGUCCCACGGACCAGGUAUUUGUCAUCUGGCUGGUGACGCCGCACAAUGAACUGCAGCUGAAUGCCACGUUAUGUCUUUAUGGACGGGAUGCAGCCAUCAAGGCGAGCAGCAUUGUUGCAGUACGUCAGGUGCGUCAGACCCAAGACACAUGUCAAUUUAUGCCCGUGGAUGCCAACUAUUGGCGCCUCUCAUUUACUGAGAUGCAAAGAAUAUCAAAUGACUUUAGGGAUGAGCUCUAUCUGGAGGUGAGCUUAACCGAGCUGAGCCAAUCCCGCAGCGAUUAAUUGUUAAUAAAGUUCACUGGCUAUGACUA